AUGUCCCUCUAUCUGGCCCUCAUAGGGACGCGGGACAAUCCACUGUAUGAGAUGGAAAUAAAGAUGGAUCCAAUUCGUGAUUUUUGCCCAUUCAUCGUCCAUUCGGCGCUGGAUAUCAUAGAAGAUCUUCAAUGGAAAACCAACCAGUUGUACUUUAAGAACAUUGAUAACUACGAUAAUUACAGUAUAAGCGGAUAUGUUACACCUGGAAACAUCAAAUUUAUGAUUCUGUACCAGAAUUUGCGGUCAGACGAGGCAAUCAGGCAGUUCUUUGGUGAAUUGAAUGAUCUGUAUGUCAAGACACUAUUAUCCCCAUUCUACACAAUUAAUGAAGCAAUUAGAUCCAAAGCAUUUGAUCAGAAGGUCCGAAUGCUUUCCAGAAAGUAUUUCAAUUUAUAA